AUGGAAACUCCAGCCGCGGAAAAGCAGGCUGCACCGAGCGAGCCGUUGUCUUCCAGCUCUCCUCCUUCCGACGAUUUGGCUGCUUCGCCGCAGUCUUUGCCGUGCAGAGAUGAUUCGCCUCCCGUGAGCGCGGAAGGGGCUCAGGGGCCUCCGCAAGCAGCCAGUCCCGACCAAGCGACGAGCGACGACUUCCACUUGAUGUGGAGCGAACUCGAGGCUUACUUGACGAAACGCUUUGCCGGGGGGCCGCAGAGUCUGGUUUGCCUCCGACGCGUGCUGGAUCAGGUCAAGCGCCAGCGACUGCGGGUGGAAGAGCUCGCUUUCCUGAUUGGCCAUUCGUUUCCGGACGCGCCGGAUGUGUCGCUGUGCAUGUCUCUCUUCUUUCCCGACCGAACUUUGAUUCACGCGGGCAACCCCGCUGCAGCCAUGUGCAUUCUUAUUCAGAACAUGGCGCCCGAGAAGUACGCGAUCUUCAACAGCAUUCUCAAGAGCUGCAUGGCCCAGAAGACACAGCGCGGAAGCCGCGACAUUUUGCUGCACCGCAUGCAGCUUUUGUUCAGAGGCCACCCCCUCGUAAUUCGCGCCAUAAGGAAACUCUUGGUGCAGCAGUUCUGCAUCGAGAAGAACGACGGAGUCAUACGGAAAGAUCAAGCUCUUGAACUGACGAAGCCAUUCGACGACGAGCCCGUUCAGGUUCACUCCGUGUAUCGCCUGGCUUACCAAGUUGGGCUUUCAGGCGGCUGCGUCGAGCGCGCAAGAGCCCUUGCGUCUACAGUUCUUCAUUUAGUUCGAAUGUUUCUGUCGAAAAGGCUGGCGUUUGCGUCGCUGAGCGACGAGCUCGACCUCGCUUUCGCGGCCUUUCCCUCUUGGUUUCACGUCGCCGGCGACAUCAAGCGCCUCGUUUUGACCAUUCAAAAGGAAGAUUUCCAAACGGGAAAGGAAAUAGAACACCUCGUGAAGCUCCUCGCCGCGAGAAAUGGCAAGUCGCCUGCCCUUGCAAGAGGCAAAUGGAAACAGGCUGCCCUAGAGCAGCUCAGAGCCUUUCUGCUGCUUCCCCUGUUUCUUUGGCGGGUUCAUUGCAGAAAGCAGUAUUCCUUUAGUGGCUGUUCUCAAACUGCAGCUUGUCAAGACUAUCGCGUUUCGCUGCGCCAUUUAUGCGACUUGUUUUUAAACGGAGUUUUGAAUCAGUCUGUCACUUUGCGGCUCGAAGUGGACCACUUGAUUGCGAGAGCCGAGAAGGGCGAAAUCUCCUCUUCCCUCGCAAUGCAGCGAAUUGCAUCUCUUCUUUCCCGCUAUCCUGACUGCACUGAAAAGCUGGGAGUGUUGCUGAGGCUGUUUCGCGAUAUUGGAGCCAGCAGGCUGAAGGAAGAGGAGGAAGGCGAGCAGAAGACGAAGCCGGAGAAGGCUCAGGAACGCGCCGCAGCCAGUGAAGUAGACCCACUCACUGGCGACUCAGCAGAUAACGCAAUUAAUUUGAAUCAAGAAAGCAAAAGUGAUCUGAUAAUGAACGCCAAUGGACUUGCGCACGUCAAAACUGAAACGCCAACUACAGACUCGAGUGCUGCCGCGUUAGUGAACGGCACUGGAAACUCCACCGAUUGUGAUUCUUCUUUGUCUGCAAAGGAAGAAAAGGAUUUUUCUGAAGAAGUGAAGACUCUAGCAGCAGCUGCUGCCGAUUUGUUGUCUCGAAAUAUAUCGCCCUGCCGCUUCCGCAGCCAGGAGCUGAUGAUUCAGCUCAUGAGCUACAAGUGGCUGCAGCCGCUCUACGGAGUGCUGGAUGACUGGAACGCAGGGAGGCUUUUCAAAGAUGACGCUUUUUCUGCGCUGGAGGCGGCCGCUGCGGGCUCGGCGCGCGGGCGGGAGGCGCUGCGGCGGCUGGUGGUGGUGCUGGAGGCGCAGAAGGCCGGGGGGCCCUCGCGGCCGCCUUUGACUCGCCAGCAAUACGACGCUUUGCCCCGAAACGGCUCCUACAGGAAGUUGCCGGAAGAGUGGCCGGCGUCGGCGUGCAGCGGCAGAGACGGGCUGGCGUGGCAAGUGCUGAACGACAGGUGGGCGCUGUUCCCGGACAGCUCGGAGAGCCAGGCGCGGUACAUGAACCGCCACGAAGAGGCGCUGCUGAACCUCGCGGACUCGCGCUACGAAUGGGACUUGCGCGUCUCCUCGCUGGAGUCUUGUUUGAAAAGAGUGGAGCAAAUUGGAAAGGCGCUCGCGCGUUUCCCCGCGGCGCAGCGCAGGCUCUGCACAGUCCGGCCCUCCGUCUUCAAGCAGAUUCACCUUUCUUGCCUGCGGCGGAUCUUCGGGCCCAACACUGAACAAGUGCUCGCCUGCGUGUGCGCGGCGCCGCUGGAGUCGCUGGAAAUGGUGCGCAGCACGCUGCAGUGCAAGUUGCUGCAGUGGCGGGCCAUGGGGGAGCUGCUGGGGGCCUACUGGACUUCGCUGGAGCAGCCGCACUACGGGGGCGCCGUGGACUUCAGAAAAAGAUUCCUCGCAGACAAGCGAGGCGCUGCGGAGGCGGAGGAGCUCCGCGCUGCAGACGGCAGAGACCCCAGGACCAAGGCCGCCAGACUCGCCAAAAACGAGGCCUAG